AAUCGCGGCGCCCCCGCCCCCUCCCCCGCACAGGCGAGGCAGAUUGGCGGCCUUGGCCACGCCGAUCUGGCAGACACAGCCUCGAUCCGGAGGGAGGGAUUUGGCAGCCAUGGUGAUGAGGAUCGCCUCCCUCCUCCCUCCCCUCGCCGGAGCUCACCGGCGGGGCCCUGGGCCUGUGCGGCUCACGCGAACAGAAGCCCGUCGCAGCAUCGCACGGCAGCGAGCCCAUCGCCCCAGACCGACGCACGACGACCUCAGCAACUCCGGCCAGGAUGGUCGCGGUCAGGUUCCACCAGUACCAGGUGGUCGGGAGGGGCCUGCCGACGCCGACGGAGGAGCAUCCCAGGAUCUACCGCAUGAAGCUCAGGUGUCUGCAACAAGAGGGGAGGACUGCUUUGCAAUCUCAACGUACCCUGUUCAUCAGAGACAACAUCUCCGUGGGCGCCUCCGUGCGCUCUUUGGGCAGCUCGGAGCCAUGCUGUCAGAGCUCUUCACCAACUAG